GAUUAUAGUGACAUGGAGAAUAAAGAACUGAAAAUUAAUGAAUUUCAGACUCAAUUGCGCAUGAUGAGAAUUAAAAUGCAUCAAAUCUUUCAUGCAUUAAUCGUAAAUUCUUCAACCAGAAAUCGGACUCUUGGCUAUAUCAGCGAAAUUUUGGACACUAAUAAAAAAUUAUCACAAAUUCAAGUUGAAUACGAGCAAUUAGCAAAUCCUACGGCAAUGUUAAAUAUGCUUUCCAUUCUUAUUGACUUUGAUAAAAUUCCUGUUGAAAAAAUUCAAGAUGAUUACAUAUUUCAUCCAAAAUGUCGGAUUAAAAUGACUGAAAUUAAUACUCUCAAAAUGGAUAAUGAUAUGAUUGAAGCAUAUCGUAAAAAAAUUGAUCUCUCUUAUACUCCCAGCUUUAACACCGAGUGCUUUUAUUUGACUAUUGCUUUUAUGGGGAUUAGGUCAUCACUGAUUAUUGUAUUUAUUUUUUUUUGGUUUUAGUAUGACGACAAUGAUGAAUAAUUUGUCUCGUAUGGAUAGGCAUAUAUAUGAGAUUCGUAGACAGUUGCGGGAUGCCGAGGAGCAACUUCAACGAAAAGGCCAGAAUCCGUCUCAACUUAAUCGGAUCCGAGCAAUAACGCAACGUACUAAGGAACUUUUGAAG